CCCCUCCCUGUUCCGGCUUCUCCGAAUUCCCCACACUGUAACAAAUGUUUUAACGGGAACAAAUUUCUGCCAAUGAAUGACCUUCAAAGUAACGAUUUCCGGAAAAUAGAUUUAUGCGCAUUUCUUAUGAUUUCCAUAAUUUAUUGCCACAAAAUAGCAUCCGAAUCAAUGAGUCUAUAAAGCCACUUGUACAAUACGAUAUUGAAGUGCUGGAGGAUAUACUACAGUUUUAGUGUUUUAAUUUAAAGUUUCAUUCACUUCCCUGUUGAUGGCUGAAAUCUGAAACCGAAGGACACACUAGUCGUAUUUAAUUUGACAAGGCCUGAAGAAUGCAAACUGCAUGUGAGGUGCCAGGUUCUGUGGGAUGGAUUGGAUUAAGUGACAAGACAUUUGAGUUUGCUUACAGUCCUAUAGAUUUUAUAAGAAACAAAACAAAAGAACAUUGUUCACCUGUUUUUAAAGUGAGGGUUCUCAAUAAACCAACUAUAUUCCUGACAUCUAGUAAUGCAGUCAAAGAAUUAUUGGAAGACAACUACCAGUGUUUUGAAAUGGGUUACAAAGACCUUGGUUAUAUGCAUUCUUUAUUUGGUGAUCUUGUUCUCUUCUUCAAUGAAGACGACAGUGUUAGCAGACUUCGUGGCCUUAUCCAUUCCUUGUUCAUUCCUCAAACUGUAGAAACUAUCACAGAUGUUGUUAAUAGAUCAUGUAACAAUCACUUUCCGGGUUUCCAACAAGCUACGUCCAUUGCUGUGUAUGAUCACUUCAAACAGCUCACCACUCAGAUGUGCCUGAGUAUGUUUCUUGGCUUGGAUUGUAAAACGUCUAUGGAGGAAACACAAAAGAUUGCUGCAUUAACCGUUACGCAUUGGCAUGGUCUAAUAUCCGUUCCAAUAAGUUUGAAAAUUGGCAACUUCGCCUCAAGCUAUGGACUAGCUAUGGAAGCUCAGAAACAUUUGCUUGAAGUCAUAAAGCAACGCUUACCACAAAGUAAAGAUUGUUUAUUGAGUACAAUGAAUGAUGUUGGUUUUCGUGACAUUGAGGAACUUAGUAGACAUAUGUUGUUGUUUGUGUCCGCAUUGGUACCUAAAGCGUUGUCUUCUCUGCUGACCUCGUGUUGUCUGGAGCUUGCCAAGCCACAUAACGCUGCUCGCCGUUUGCGGGCAACCACAGAUGACGAAUAUUUAGACAAAGUAUUGCUUGAAGUAAAGCGACUUUGGCCGCCGUUCCUUGGCGGAAGAAGAAUUGCCAAAAAGAGCGUGGUCUUAGAUGGAUUUCAUAUUCCCAAAGGAUACUCAGUGGCUUACCUAACGCGAAGUGCAAAUAUUGAUCCAAGUGUGUUUAAAAAUCCAGAAAAAUUUCUUCCCGAACGAUGGGAAGAAAUUGACGCUCAGCAGAAAAGGUCGCGUGUCUUCACGUUUGGAUUCGGACCGCGAAAUUGUAUUGGAGAGCAUUGUAUCGGGCGCAUUUUACACAUAAUAAUGAAGAGAUUAUUAGCUGAAUAUGGCUGGGAGUUGGAUAAUGAUCAGGACCUGACUUAUAAAUGGCUUCCUGUUUCAAGACCUAAACAUGACGUCAUGGCAAAAUUCUGGAGCAAAGCAGCGCUGUGACUUUCAUUAGGGUGGAAUUUAAACCUGCAGGCAGGUUUGUAAGGAAUACUGUUGCGUGUGCAGUCGUUUAUAUUGGCUGAAUUUUUAUAUACGGUCGGUCCUUAAAAACACAUGGGUAAACACACGGGUUAGGGAUAAAUAGAGAUAAAAGUUUAAGAUUUUGUAUAUGAAAGUCUAGCCGUUGUAAUACAUAUUGUUGAGCAUGUUUUUAGGUAAUAAUUGCACUAUUUAAAUUAACCCUGGUAGAUCCAGGAGAAUGGGAUGAGAUCUCAUGAACUUCAGAACUUAAAUAUAAUUGAAUUCAUCACAAAUUGAAUAUAAUUUGAUACAUAUU